GCAGCGCCCGAGCGGCGGGAGCGGCGGGAGCGGCGGCCGCGAUGCUGCCGAGCGCGGCCGACCGGGCCCUGCAGCGCCUGGUGCGCGCCGGCGCGGCCGUCAGGUACAAAGUCAUGAAGAAUUGGGGCGUCAUCGGGGGACUCGCUGCUGCCCUGGCCGCCGGGAUCUAUGUCAUUUGGGGUCCCAUUACAGAACGGAAGAAACGCCGAAAAGGGCUGGUGCCCGGCCUCGUGAACCUGGGGAACACCUGCUUCAUGAACUCCCUCCUGCAAGGCCUGUCCGCCUGCCCCGCCUUCGUCAAGUGGCUGGAGGAGUUCACCACCCAGUACAGCCGGGACCAGACGGAGCCGCCGGCCCAGCAGUACCUGUCCCUGACGCUGCUGCACCUCCUGAAAGCUCUGUCCUGCCAGGAAGUUACUGAUGAGGAUGUCUUAGACGCAAGCUGCUUGUUGGACGUCUUAAGAACGUACAGGUGGCAGAUCUCGUCCUUCGAAGAACAGGACGCCCACGAGCUGUUCCACAUCAUCACGGCCUCCCUGGAGGACGAGCGGGACCGGCAGCCACAGGUCACGCCCCUGUUUGACGUGCAGGCCCUGGAGCAACAGUCCGAAGUGACUCCCCGACAGACCACCUGCCACACCAGAGGCACCCCCCACCCCGCGUCCAAACACUGGAAGUCCCAGCAUCCCUUCCACGGGAGACUGACUAGCAACAUGGUCUGCAAACACUGUGAGCACCAGAGUCCUGUUCGAUUUGAUACCUUUGAUAGCCUUUCGCUAAGUAUUCCAGCUGCCACAUGGGGUCACCCCUUGACCCUGGACCACUGCCUUCAUCACUUCAUCUCGUCCGAGUCUGUGCGGGACGUCGUCUGCGACAACUGCACCAAGAUGGAAGCCAGAGGGACCCCGAGCGGGGAGCAGGUCGAGCACCAGAGGACGACGUUCGUCAAGCAGCUCAAGCUCGGGAAGCUCCCACAGUGCCUGUGCAUCCACCUCCAGCGCCUGAGCUGGUCCAGCCACGGGACGCCCCUGAAGCGCCACGAGCACGUGCAGUUCAACGAGUUCCUGAUGAUGGACACCUACAAGUACCGCCUCCUGGGCCGCAAGCCCCGCGCGCACAGCUCCCGGCCGGGCCAGGGAGCCGGCCCUGCCCUGGAGCCCGCAACCCCCAAGCCUGUUCUGAAUCAGCCCAGGGGCCCCAAGACACAGAUCUUCAUGAAUGGCGCCUGCUCCUCCCCGUCUUUGCUGCCCACCCUGCCAAGCCCAGUGCCCUUCCCUUUGCCAGCGGUUCCUGACUACAGCUCCUCCACGUACCUCUUCCGGCUGAUGGCAGUGGUCGUCCACCACGGAGACAUGCACUCGGGCCACUUCGUGACCUACCGACGGUCCCCGCCAUCGGCCAAGAACCCCCUGGCCACCAGCAGCCAGUGGCUGUGGGUCUCAGACGACACCGUCCGCAAGGCCAGCCUGCAGGAGGUCCUGUCGUCCAGCGCCUACCUGUUGUUCUACGAGCGCGUGCUCUCCAGGCUGCAGCCCCAGAGCCGGGAGUACAAGUCAGAAGAAUGACUCGGCCCUGGCCCCGGGGGAUGCCGAGCUGACCAGACUGGCCGGGCAGAAGGCGGAGCCCAACUGUAGGGGUGUGGGCGCGCCAGCCGCUUCCCCGGGGUCCUUCCCAGAGCAGGCCCACGUGGAGGCCCGUGGCCCCGACUCUAUCCCCCCGUCAGGCUCCCUGGCACAGGCCUGCCGGCACGCCCCGGACGGCAGCGGUCGGCCCGUGAUGAGAAGCAGCGAAGCAGCGAGCCUGUCUUUCCACCCACCCGGGCCAGGUCAUUAAAAAGAGAUCGGACUCUGGAAGCCGCGUUUUUCUAAGCCGAGCGUGUCUGGUGUCCUCCGAGGGAAACUGGCUGCGUCCACUUCCUCUGAUUAUUUCAGCCCAGAUCUUUUAUUUUUUAAUAAAACAGACCCACUUAAAAAAAGAAAAAGAAAAAAAUCUUUGAGUUAGCGAAAUGAUCCCGGGCAACGAUCUAGAAGAAAAAGUGCCUUCCGCUCUCGUGGCCUGAGCAGCAACCAACCCCACCCACCCUGGGACUCUCGCGGACGGUCCUGGAGACACGCCCUUCCUCCCAAGCCACUGGCCGGCCAGCAAGACGCCUCGAGACCUCUCCCCCCGCCCCUUUUGUACGUCUGUUUUCUAACUCUCCAUCAUUUGUACCUAGUGAAGUCUCAUCUGUCAAACCCACCGCGGGGGGCGGGGGGCGGGAGAAGCCGUUGCUGCUUUAUCGGUGAUUUGGAAACCCGUUUGCUUUUAU